AUAGUCCCAUACAUUGUUGUCCUGCAUGUGCUUAAUCUUUGUUCAAUUUGGUAUCUUUUCAGAUGAGUCAGCUCCAAAUAUAACUUUCAAAUGUACUUAUGUUUGUUUUCUAUUUUUGUCUUUGCAGUUUAAGGACAAGUUGGCCCUGGCUGAGACGGGUGAGCUGGCUGGGAGUGACGACAGUACCAUGGCAGGCAGUCUUGCAGACGAACCCAGGGAGCCCACCAAGAAGUACACUGGCUACCCUACACCGAGACCUCCUUCCAGGACCAAAACAGCUGCUGAGGACCGACCCGAGUCUCCUACCAUGGAGAUGAGAGUUACCGGAGCAUCCCGUGAUCUCCAAGAUAGGCUGGUUCAGUUCAUCACUCGAGAGAAGCAAGUCAACAGGGCCACUCCUUUCUGCAAGUACCUGGAAACCGAAAUGGAUCGUCUGCAUGAUGACUACCAUUACCGGAAGGUGUCAAGACAGUUCAGGAUGAGGGAAGCGCCUGGUGACCAGAUCAGUCCCUUACAAGAUGUCCCGUCAGCAUUUCAGUCGCAGCAGCAGAGGCCAGUUGCUGUGAUCCCAGUCUGCACAUCUGCCACCUACUCAAGAGCCAGCCAACUUCAACAGGAGAGUGCCCUCCCCAGCGGUACCUACUACACCGCCAGCAGAGCUGCCUCCUCACCGUUAGCAGCCAGGUCCCAGGCAGUGGCCAAAGACCCCACCUCCGGCAUCAGUGUGGAGAUCCCAGGAGUGUGGCUACGUAGAGCAGGCGAACCAGCAGUACAACUUAGAACAACAGCAAUAGCAGCAGUGCCAUACUCUCCAGCCAGUCAGCACUUCUACUCAGGUUGUAUGGGACUUUACAUUUUGGAAACUUGA